GAGAGGGAGAGAGAGCGAGAGAGAGAGAGCAGGAUUCACGUUGAACUAGAAAGCUUCUUCGGUCCCAAGCCACCGAAUUUCCAAAGGGAAACAAAAAUGGCUGCCAUACCUUUCUCUGCUUCUUUUAAUGGUUUAAUGCAAACCAAAAUAAACCCAACUUCUUCUUCUUCUUCUUCUCUAUGGCCUUCAAUGGCUUUUUCGAUCCCAUCCAUCAAAACCUCACUUGGGUCCUCCAAAUCAGCCCUUUUUCAACACGGGCUCUCUUUUCAAUCAUCAACUCUUCUUGGGUAUCUCUUGAAAUCUCGUUCUUUCGGAGUUAACGCCAGAGCGGCAACGGAGAAGACUAUCUAUGAUUUCACUGUCAAAGAUAUUGAUGGGAAGGAUGUUUCUCUUAGCAAGUUUAAGGGGAAGGCUCUCUUGAUUGUCAAUGUCGCUUCAAAAUGUGGUUUGACACCUUCAAAUUACUCAGAACUGUCUCACAUAUAUGAGAAGUACAAAACUCAAGGAUUUGAAAUUCUAGCUUUCCCUUGCAAUCAGUUUGGUGGGCAAGAACCUGGAUCAAACCCAGAAAUCAAGCAGUUUGCUUGUACAAGGUUUAAAGCAGAAUUUCCGAUUUUUGAUAAGGUUGAUGUCAAUGGGCCAAGUACUGCUCCAGUUUACCAAUUCCUGAAAUCAAAUGCUGGAGGAUUUUUAGGUGAUCUUAUCAAAUGGAAUUUUGAGAAGUUCUUGGUGGACAAAAAUGGUAAAGUUGUUGAGAGAUACCCACCAACAACAUCACCUUUUCAAAUUGAGAAGGAUAUCCAACGGGUCGUCGCAGCAUGAACAUAGAGCUGCAAAGGCACGCAUGGCAUGAUCAGCCAUGCUGACAGUGAGAGAAGAAGAAAGACUGUAUGUGGUAUAUGUAAAUAUCUGGAUUACUCAUCACUCACAUAGUUGUACUUUCUGUACAAGUUAUUUGUGAUUCAUACUUAUAAAGUUGCUUUCUUCCUGUUU